AUGGCGUCUACGUCUAUCUGCGAUCCUGGGUCCAGCCUCGUUUCCCAGGGCAGCUGGUCCGGCUUUGGGCCGCGUCAGAUGCUACCACCUGAACCGUAUUCUUUCUAUGCGCCCUAUGACGACCGGCAUCACCAAGAUUAUUUCAGCAGCACACGCUCAAUUUUGGAACCUUCUGACGACAGCGACGGGGACGUGAGCAACGAUGCACCAUUAUUCCGGCCCAUUCGCUCAGCCAUUUCGGAAACAGAGGGCAGCGAUUACAGUUACAUUUUCGUGCGCUCCUUGGUUCUAGAAGACGACUCCGACGACAAUUACACCAUCCUCUCUAGCAACGAAGCGGACGACGGUAUAAGCCAACCCUCGGGCUCUAGCUGCAAUGGAAAGUGCACGCUUAAGCAUCAUGCUAAGCUCUCCAAGCCCGAGACCUCUACAGGCCCUUCCUGCAGUGCCAGUUGGGAAUCGUUGCAUGGCGGCGAGAAUGGAAUUGAAUCGAGUGAUGGUGGCCCCGAAAUAGCUGGCAGCAGCUCCAGCCGACAAAUCCCCUCUAGCCGCUCGGAUGACAACAUCCUCGCUCGAAACCCGGCCCCGACAGAGAAUACACAGAGCCACCACAAUCACAGGAAUCACAGCAAUGUCAAUAACGGGGAUGACAAUAAGGAUAAUGCCAUCAAGGAAAAUGACAGCAGCGUCAAUUCGGAGAUCAGCAACGACAAUCGCGGCAACGCCAAUGGCGGCAACGAUAAUCGCGGCAACGACAAGAAGGGCAAAGGGAAGGUCGAUGCACCAACACUAGCAUACCACUCACAGACAAUGUUCAGAACUCCGCACGCCGUCCUUGCCCUGGUGCACCAAACCUUGGGAGGAAAGGGAUCCGUCUUACCCAACAGCCGCCAUGGCACUAGCACAAGUUCGGUCUGCGCAUUUGAACGGUGGGCGUUCGGGUACACGGGUCGCUCUCAAGAUGAAGACCCUGCGACCUAG